GCUCCUUCUCGGUGUGCAUUUCCGUUUCAGCUAGGUGGUUGGCUCGUAUCUUUUUGUCUCCAGUCAAACUACCCUAACUACUUCUCUAAUGGGAGCGCCCUUAGACUAGCCUACCAUCGACCAAGAAUGUACACAACACUAACACUAACACGAUAUGAUAUAAUAUCAUCGUGCCUUCAGGUGCAUGGCAUUUUGUCUCUUCUUACUGUGGAUAUCAGUCUCUGAGCACAGCGCGAUAUGUCACGCAACAUGUCGAACUCAAAUAAACGCACAGUGACUCGCACCCGAACCGGUUGCUGGACCUGUCGUGGACGUCGGAAGAAGUGCGAUGAGGUACGGCCCUUCUGCAACACAUGUGCCAACCUUGGAUUGCGCUGCGAAGGCUAUGGGGUGCGAUUGAGAUGGACAGCUCACAGGAAAGGCUUCGUCGUCACGGACAGCAGGCCAGGCAAGAGAAGUUCACGAAGUCCAAGGAGUCCACAAAGUCCACAGAGUACAACGAAUUUUUCCUCACCACGAAGUACAACAUCGGCCUCUCUACCAGGGAAGUCGACGAAUGCGAAUUUUGUGGUGAGCACAGAACGCCUUUUGAAGUACAUAGGACAGGAGAGCUUUGAUUCACUGACCGAGUACGAAAGAGACGUGAUGUGUGAUUUCCUGAACUGGGGAAACCUCACACUUGGAUCCAACAUGGGCGUUGCCACAGAGGAUGAUGCAGUUACGUUGUUGCGUGACUGCAGUAAUUCGAAGCCACUCUUGAUCAACUGUUUAACGUAUCAAAUUACCCUGGACCCUAAGCAUGCCGCAUAUGUCGAUGAAUACUACAGCAGAAGCAUACAGAUGUUCCGAAAAGAGCUUUCAGACCCGACGAGCUUAGACAAGGCCAAUACAUGCUAUGCAGGAGUUCUGCUUUGCUCCAUCAGCAUGAAUCUAGGCAUGCCUUGGACGAUACAUCUCAAUGGACUCGUCUCAAUACUUUCAGAACGACAAGUUUUCGCAAGGACUGAUGUCGAGACCAAGGAAUUCAUACACCUCAUCAGCACUCUCGAUAUACCAACCCAUACUCUUGGACGCAAAACCCCCCAACUCAAUUUAUGGAGAGACUACAAUCGCUCCCGAGAUGGCAUCGAAGACAUAACCGGUCUGCCUUGUUCGUUAAUGGACUUAUUUUCCUGCAUUAUGGAGCCUGAUGUUGAGGAACGCUUGCACGCCUGGCCUGUCACUCAAGGCUCUCCAACGCAAUGCAAGAUCUGGAAGGCAAAUCGUGCCGCAGCGAUUAUUUCGGCAAGGCAGUGGAAAAUUCGGCACGCUAUGUUGGAAAGCGAUGCGCAUCAGCGCCCGGAAUAUCAAGCUGGACCCACAGAGAACGGCCCUGCCAUCAUCGCAGUUGUACAGGAGAUACUCGUCAUUGCGCAUGAACUCAGGCCUCUACUCGAAGACAAAUCUGCUGAAAUCAGACGGCCGUUGCUCUAUCCUUUGGUCGCUGCUGGAUCGCAGCCGUCAUGUCUCACCGAUUAUGACAAGACUUUCAUUGGUGACUGCAUCAUAGCACUCGCCGAUGGAGCAUUAGACGAAGAUCCCUAUUACGGCGGACCUGCGACUGUUCUGCGCGAAUUAUGGGCCAAUGGACGGGGCAGAUCAAUCGAGCAAGUUGCGCACGAUCUGGACAUGGAGAUGGCUCUGUUCUAAAUAUAGACAUCAUUCCCUAGCCUGGGACUGACUGAACUAAUACUCAUUCUCGUCACUCUUCGAGCAGGUGGACGCCACCAAUUUUUCCAAUAUUCCUCUCCCAAGAGUCGAAGCCUAGAAGCAGAGGUAUAGGGCUCGCUAACUGGCGUUGGCUCAAAGUAAUCCGCGAGUCAGCGACUCUGCGUUACAUUCAUGUCGAACUUUUCGGGUAUUUCUCCGGCGG